AUGGGGGUCCUGAAGACUGCGCUUGGAUGCAGUUACAUGAACUUCCUGCUUCCGUUUGUCUUCCUGGGCAUUGUGUCUGGAAUUCAAGGAUGGGAUGAAUCGGUUGUAUUUUUGUUGAAUUUCCUUGCUAUUCUUCCGCUGGCUUCAUUGCUCUCGUUCGCCACUGAGGAGCUGGCCAAAAGUGUCGGACAGACGAUCGGGGGGUUGAUCAACGCGACUUUUGGCAAUGCUGUUGAAAUGAUUGUGGGGGUCACUGCCGUCACGCAGGGAGAAAUCCACAUCGUCCAGUCGAGUAUGGUCGGCAGCAUUCUCUCUGGAAAUCUUCUGAUCCUUGGUUGUUGUCUUUUCUGUGGCGGCUAUGCAAAGGAGGCCGUCACCUUCAAUGUCGACGUCAGCGGAAUUCUGUCUUCUCUGAUGGUAGUAGCCUCUGCAUCCCUGAUCAUCCCAUCCGUGCUCUUUUCCACCACGCCAGGCAAAUCAAGCGCCGUGGAGGACAGCGUCCUGAGUCUAUCCCGGGCCGCUUCAGGUGUCCUCUUAAUCUUCUACCUGGUUUAUCUGUACUUUCAGUUCAAGAGCCACUCCGACCUCUUCGCAGACGACGAUCCAGAAGGCGAGGACGAAGAGCUCCAACUGGGCCCCUGGUCCGCGAGCAUCGUCUUGGUCCUAGCCACCCUCGGCGUGACGGUCUGCUCGGACCACCUAGUGGACAGCGUCGGUGGCUUCGUCGAGGCAUGGAAUGUGAGCCGGGCCUUUGUCGGGCUGAUUGUCGUACCUAUUGUUGGAAACGCCGGCGAGUUCAACACCACCCUCAACGCGGCCAUGAAGGGCAACAUGGACCUGGCGAUUGGGGUUGUCGUAGGAAGCACUUUACAGAUCGCCCUGUUGGUGAGCCCGUUUCUGGUGAUUUGCGGCUUGAUUAUCGGUCAGCCCAUGUCACUGCGCUACAGCCCCUUUGAGACGGUGGUGUUUUUCUUGUCGGUGAUUGUGAUGGAUUGCUUGAUUCGUGGCGGUCGCUCGAAUUACUACGAGGGCUCGUUGUUGAUUGGGACAUAUCUUAUUAUUGCAAUUGCCUUCUAUGUGCACCCCGAUUCAGCAGCGUGA